UAAUCUGUUGUUGUACGUGGUAAAUGUGUUAGAGAAACAGUCCGGUGUGUGUGUGUUUGUGUGUAUGUGUUUUAUAAAUGGUUGGAAGCAGUGAAGGGUAAUGCUGGGAUGAGGAGGAGGAGGAGGAGGACGACGACAACGAAGAAGAGGGCAAAGUCAUACGUAACGGAGAUGGCUCACAGGCUGCUAGUACGUAGAAUUUGGACGCUGUCAGUGAAAGAGAUCUGCUGCCACCCAGCAUCCACAGCCACCACCGCUUCCUCCUCUUUUUCCACCUCCCUGCAGUCCGCCACAACCCGAGUCUCCUUCCUCUCUCCCUCACGCUCUCUUCCUCGCUCCCUUCCUCACACCUCCUGCCGGGCAGUCUCCUUCAACGUUCAGGACCAUGAGGACUUCACAGAGAGGGUCAUCAACAGCGAACUACCCGUGCUAGUUGACUUCCAUGCACAGUGGUGUGGUCCCUGCAAGAUCCUUGGGCCGAGGUUGGAGAAGGCUGUUGCGAAACAGAAAGGCCGUGUUGCCAUGGCAAAAGUUGACAUAGACGACCACACAGACCUGGCUAUUGAAUAUGGGGUGUCUGCGGUUCCGACAGUAAUCGCCAUGCGGGGAGGUGACGUCGUCGACCAUUUUGUGGGGAUCAAAGAUGAUGAUGAGCUGGACUCGUUUGUCAGCAAAGUCAUUGGACAAUAGACCAACUGUUCCCGCCCUGCCAUUCACCACCGUUCUGGUGCCGUUUUGUAUGAUUCUGGCAUGGUCGGCAGCCCUUAGCCGCCAUCUUGAGCCUGUUUAGCAGCAGCCGACAAAUAAGUAAAAUCUCUGCUGCAGUCCCAGCUGGCAAUCUCUCAAAUGCUCACACCCAUCCCUAGACACACUGCUUCAGCUGUGCAUUACUGCUUCUGUCUCUCUGUCUCCCUCUUGUUUCUUUUGUCUAGUGCUGGGUGUGUGCCUCCUUUAACCUUUUUAGUUCACGCUGUGCUCCAUUUUGCAGCAGUUCCAUUUCUUUCAAGUAAUGUGACGGCUCCGCGGCUCUAUUCAUACCGCUAGAGCCGCAGAGCUGGUGUGUAACAGUUCGCUGUAAAAGUCUGUAGAAUGGGGGAAAAUACACCGCUGUAAUGCACUUAUACUGUAUGACAUGAGGGAUGAACAUUUAUAGUUUUAAUGGUGAAGAGGAUUUAACUUAAAACCUGACAAUACUGAAUGAGGUUUGACAGUGUUACCUGUAGUUCCUGCGUAUGUCCACUAGAGGGUGGCAUUUCUUUGACAUCGCAGAGCCACACAUGGUCAUUUUACACCAGUAUGCCUAAUAAUGUGAGAAAGGAAGAUAUGUUUAUGUGUAUGUCUGUCUGUAUGUUUGUUUGUGUAUGUGUGUGUGUGUUUCUUGGGGUCCUGACUGUGAAACUGAAGUCGAGCAGGAAUUGCAAAUUAUGAGUUUGAUUUAGUUUAUUACUGAAAUGAACUCAAUGUACCACAAACAUGAUCAAGUGAUGUAAUAAAGGAGAGAAAAGA